AUGUCAGACCCCAAGCCCCAUCUGGAUAGCCCCGAGGCUCAGCACUCAGACAAUGCACUAAGCUCUAGUGACCCAUCGGACGAUGACUUGGUGCCCCAAACUGAGAAGACCGAAAAGGGUGGCAUCGCCCCCGAUGGUCCUCGCGAGCUCAAGGAAACAGAGUGCUACGAAGCACUGGCUUACUCUUGGCCUCGAUGGAAGAAAUGGAUGUACCUCAUGGCGAUUGCCUUCGUCCAGGUGUCCAUGAACUUCAACACCUCCGUCUUCCCCAAUGCAGUAAAACCUCUGUCAAAAGCCUUCGAUAUCAGUCAACAGGAAGCGCGAACUGGUCAGAUGGCCUACCUGGUCACAUAUUCAAUUGGAUGUGAGCUCUGGGCACCGUGGAGUGAGGAGUUUGGUCGCUGGCCGAUCCUCCAGCUCUCCAUGUUCCUGAUCAACAUCUGGCAACUCCCUGCUGCACUGGCUCCUAACUGGGGGUCCAUUGUUGUUGCUCGUGCCUUGGGUGGAAUUUCCACUGCCGGUGGUAGUGUCACUCUUGGUUUGAUUGCCGAUCUCUACGAGCCUGAUGAGCAGCAAUUUCCGCUGGCAUUCAUCGUGUUCUCCUCCUGUAUCGGAACUAGUAUUGGUGGUGUCAUCGGUGGUCCGAUCGAGCGCUUCCUGGAUUGGCAGUGGUUCUUCUGGAUCCAGCUCAUUUUCGGAGCUGUCACCCAAGCAAUCAUCUUUUUCAUGCCCGAAAGUCGCUCGACAAUUCUGAUUGACAAAGAAGCGAAGCGCCGCCGGAAGACUGGAGAAGACCCGAACGUUUACGGACCCAAUGAACUGAAGAAGCCUCGCGUCUCCCUCAAGGAGGCUGGCAAAAUCUGGAUUCGACCCUUCCACAUGCUUUUGCGCGAGCCCAUUGUAUUCUGUCUGUCUCUUCUCUCCGGAUUCUCCGACGCGCUCAUCUUCACCUUCCUGGAGAGCUUCACUACCGUUUACGAGCAAGGAUGGGGCUUCGGAAUCUUGGCUUGUGCUUGGGCCGUUAUCCCAAUCAAUCUCGCCUACCUUUUAACAUACAUCUCCUACUUCCCUUGGUUCGCGAGAGACGAACACCUUCGGAAAAAGCAUGGCAACGAGGCAAUCCCACCCGAGCGCCGUCUCAAAUGGCUCCUUUGGCUGGCUCCCUUCGAGCCGAUUGGUCUGUUUGGUUUUGCCUGGACCUCCUUCGGCAAAGAGCGCGGUAUUCCGUGGAUCGCAUCCAUGAUUUUCUCCACCAUGGUCGGAAUUGCAAAUUAUGCGAUCUAUCUAUCGUCCGUGGAUUAUAUGAUCGCCUCAUAUGGUGUAUACUCAGCUUCUGCUUGCGGUGGCAAUGCCUUCGCUCGUGAUCUGCUGGCCGGUAUCUCAGCAAUGUACGCCACCCCAAUGUACAGCAACAUUGGCGACAAAUGGCAUGUUCAAUAUGCCAGUACGAUCUUGGGUUGCUUGUCUUGUCUCGUUGUGGCCCCUAUCUAUCUAUUUUACUGGAAGGGUCCGCAGAUUCGCGACAAGAGUAAAUUCGCCAAGUCUCUCGCUGCUGACCGAACUCAAAAUGGUGGCCGACGAGUCAGCAGGCCCUCAUUUGAGCCUUGA